AGUCAAUAUUCGUGCGACAACAGCUUGUAAAAACAAUAAUAAAACAAUACUUAGUCGUGUAAGUGAAAUUUGUAGUUUAUUAAGUUUUACUAUGUCUUAUUCCGUUACUGAACAAGUGCCUGGUUUGCAACAGAAGAAGGUAUUCAAGAUAAUUGUGCUUGGUGACUCUGGGGUUGGCAAAACAUGUCUCACUUACAGAUUUUGCGAAGGACAGUUUUUAGAUAAAUCUGAGGCUACGAUUGGUGUGGACUUCAGAGAAAGGACUAUAAAAAUACGCAACGAAGAUAUAAAGCUGCAGCUAUGGGACACAGCUGGUCAAGAGAGAUUCCGCAAGUCAAUGGUGCAGCACUACUACAGGAAUGUGCAUGCUGUUGUUAUUGUUUAUGAUGUCACCAAGCCAGAGACAUUCCAUUCAAUAUCGAGCUGGAUGCAAGAGAUAGAGUCUCACAGUCUGAUGAGCGCGCCGCGCGUGCUCGUCGGCAACAAGUGCGACUGCGGCACGCCCGAGUCGCGCUUGGCCACUACUUACGCGCAACGGCUUGCGGAUAAAUACGGCAUGCCGCUGUUCGAGACGUCAGCGCUACUAGACUCAGAAUGUGACAACGUGGAGUCGAUAUUCAUGACGCUCGCACACAAACUGUACUCCAAGCAACCACUACGAGUUAUAAGUGUGGAGGGUGAACAAGGGCCGAGGCGAGUAACUCUGCCGCGACAGAAACGAAGCUGCCGCAAUGACACUUGCCUCUGUAGUUAAUUAAUAUUUUAUCUGUUAAAAAAUAUUCUAUUUUAUGUUGAAAAAAGUGGCUCUAUUUUAAAGUGAAAACCACUCGGUAAAUACAAUCAAGAGAUUUUUAAAACUUAGAAA